AUUAUCAUAAUACACGCAUUAAGUAAUACACAUAACAUUCCUGCCCGUGGUAACGACCGAUAUAUUUAUAUUAUUUCUGUGUCAAUUAGUUGCGGUUUUAUAGCUAUACUUAUUAUUUUAUAUACCAUCUACUCGGUAAGUAACAAUGCAGCUUAAGUGAUUAUUAUAGUUUGUUAUCAUAUUAUUAUUUUCGCGUAAUAUUUUAUAUUAUAAUAUAUCCAUACCAUACACGGGCAAACUACUGCUUCAAUGCUCGACAACUCCGGUGUCUGUAGUAAAUUGCGGCAGGUGCCCGUCAAGGACCUAAUACCAGAGAGUCGGUUGGCUGUCGUCGCAGGAGACUACUUCGUCUCAGACCCAGUGGUUUACGAUGGCGAUGACGUGUAUGAAGUUAAUUUGACUCCCGACAAUCUUAUCAACCGACAAGCCUGUCCCCGAUUUUCUAACUUGGAGACGUGGAUGUUACCAGACAUCGAAUAUAUGUUUCUUAGGUGCAUUGCCGGCGCGGAUGCUAAUGAAGUUGAAAAUUUUGUUGCGUAUGCAGAAAAAAACCAUUGGUUAGGUGGAAAAAAUAUAUCUUUGAAUUUGGACGUAAGCAAAACUAUAUUUAACAGACAAACUAAAUUAGUAUUACACAAUUCUAAACCACAGAAAUCUCUAGACUACCACGUAACAAAUACAUCUCAGCCGUUCAAAAAAACUAAUUUCGUACUUGAAGAUUGGCCAUACGUUAACUUAAAUGAGCCAUUAAUAUCAAAAGGAACUGAUAAUGAACUCCCGCCGUGGAUGAGAUCGCGAAACAAACAAUUUAACACCUGCCUUCCUAUAAGAACUAAUAAAAUUCAACAAUUAGUUUUUUCGACGCGCCAAUAUGAUUUGUUGCAAGGAGACAGGAAACUACAACAAACACAACAACAGAAGCAACACCUACAGCCACAUCAACUGCACCAACAACAAUAUCAACACCUUCAUAAAUUACAUCAACUACAACGACCGCAACACCAAUACCAACAACAACACCAACAACAACAACAACAACAAAGAGCUAUUUUUUUCCCGUCACCAUCACGUCAACAAAUGUUUAUGCAUGGUCAGCAACAAAUGACACCUCUCUUGUUCAAUAUCGCGGCUUUCCAGCGUUGGCCAAGCAACUUUUACCAACGAUUUUCUACUCCAUUUCUACCACCGACACAUUAUCAGCUAGACCCAAUUAAUAAAGAUUCGCCGCCAGCAACUAUUACCCAAACGUAAUGCACAAAUUUUGGUAUACUAGAUCAAACAUAGUGUACGAUCAACUUGAUUCGAUUUCAUGUAAACGAUUUAUUAGGAUGCUUAAAUCUUUGCGAACGUUGAUCGAAUAGUACCUAAUUUAGAAUAUUUUUAUUUUUUUAACUCGCAUAUUAUCAUCAAUUUUCGAGGACAAAUUUGUUAUUAUGUCCAACAAAGUCAUUUGCAUAUCAGUUGCUAUACAAUAAAUAAUAAUAAUUAUGAUGUAGCUCAUCAUUGCAACGUUUUAUUUGUGCGCGAUAUAUUAUUCAAAUUUUGAUAUAAUAUUUUAAUCUGCAGUUUAUCAUAUCGAAUCAAAAAUAAUAAAUAUUUGACGAUUAUGACGAGUUUGGUUAAUAAAAAUUAUAAAUGAUUAAUACAUUGUUGAUUUUAUAAUUAAAAUAAAU